GUGACCAAAAGUAAUCCUGCCACUCAUGAAUCCCGGCGCUGCCGCAUUCGUGCCCGGCAGUUAUGCUUACGCCUCCGAGCCCCAGCUGCCGACUGUGCAGAUCAUUUCGACGGAAGAGGAUCUUCACAAGCUCCUGUCGUGGCUUGGCCAUGAGAGCAUUAUCUCAGUGGACUUUGAGGGUGCCGACCUCUCCAAGGGUGCUUGGCGAAAUGGCGAGAAGUUGGGGUCGCACGUUGACCACGGCAGGAUUUGCUUGAUGCAGAUCGGUACUCGGCAAGGCUUUGCUGUGGCAGUGGACAUUAUGAUGCUGGGUGCUCGCGCCUUUGAGCUUGGCUUGGCUAUGAUCUUGGAAUCUGACCGGGUCGUGAAGGUGGUGCACGACUUUCGUCAGGAUGCUGACGCAUUAAAGCACCAAUACGGCAUUGAACCAAGGGGCAUCUUUGACUGCCAGCUCUGCAACGUCUUCUUGCGCCGACUGGACAACUUCAGGACGAACUAUGUGCUGGGCAGCUCGAAGCUGCUGAGCUCCUACAGAAUCCAGCAGGGUUCUGUGGCUGGCUACGGCGUGGUGACACAGGAGCAAAAGCAAAGGAUACAUACGCGCUUCUCGCAGGACCGACAUCUCUGGGAGCGGCGGCCACUGCCAGCGGACAUGGUGCAGUAUGCGGUGGAGGACGUGAAGCCCAUGCUGCAGCUUCAGCAAAUCAUGUUCCAGGAGUUGGUGCAGAAGCUGGGCAACCAGCAGGUCGCGUGGCAACUGAUGCUCGAGGGAUCCCAGGCCUACGCUGCUGACUUCCUGGAUCUGGAAUGCCGCUGUCGCCUGUGCUGUGAUGCCGCAGCCAACGCGCGAUUUGAUGGCUUCCGGCUGAAGCAGCGACUGCAGGCGGUGCCACCGCAACGACUUCCACCGCACCUACUGUCACGGGUCCUUGGGCGCGAGGAGGACCAAGAGCCCUUGACUGCGCCCGGGCCAAGCUGUUUCUACGUGAACAGCAUGGACGAGUCUGUGCCUUUGCCGAUUCAGUGAGCUGCACUGGGCACGACGUGAUUCAAAGUGUUUGAGUCCAGCGGGCAGCCAAAAGACGCU